AAACCCAAAAAACCCUAUAAAAUCUUCAUUUCCUCUAAAACCCUCUUCCCUCCUCUAGCCACCUCCAAAACCCUAAUAGCAACGACAAUCACAACACAGUGAGCCAUGUCUGAGCUCGAGCUUUCGCGUUCCGAGAAGAAAAAGAAGAAGAAUAAGAGCCGUACAGAAGCCCUUGAUGUUGUCGAAUUCGGUUCCGAUCCUACUCAGAAGGACGGUGAGUUCCUAAUCAAACCCCAGAGCUUCACUCCUUCGUUAGACACCUCUCAGUGGCCAAUCCUUCUCAAGAACUACGACCGUCUCAAUGUACGCACUGGGCACUACACUCCUCUUCCCUCCGGUUAUUCGCCCCUCAAGCGUCCUCUGGCUGAGUACAUCAGGUACGGCAUUCUCAAUCUUGAUAAACCCGCUAACCCAUCUUCUCACGAGGUUGUCGCUUGGAUUAAGCGCAUUCUCCGAGUUGAAAAAACUGGUCACAGCGGUACCCUCGAUCCUAAAGUGACUGGAAAUCUCAUAGUGUGUAUCGAUCGAGCCACCCGCCUUGUGAAAUCCCAGCAAGGCGCGGGAAAAGAAUAUGUCUGUGUUGCCCGUUUACACUCUUCAGUGCCCGAUGUUGCCAAGGUGGCUCGGGCGCUUGAAACCCUAACUGGAGCGGUGUUCCAGAGGCCACCUUUGAUUUCUGCUGUAAAAAGGCAACUUAGGAUUAGGACGAUUUAUGAGAGUAAGCUUCUUGAGUACGACCCAGAUAGGCAUUUAGUUGUUUUUUGGAUUUCUUGCGAGGCGGGAACUUAUGUAAGGACAUUAUGUGUGCAUUUGGGCCUGAUUCUUGGCGUGGGAGGGCAUAUGCAGGAGCUUCGUAGGGUGCGGUCUGGGAUUUUGGGUGAGAAAGAUAACAUGGUUACAAUGCACGAUGUUAUGGAUGCUCAAUGGGUUUAUGAUAAUUACAGGGAUGAGAGUUAUUUGAGACGGGUUAUUAUGCCACUUGAAGUGGUCUUAACUAGUUAUAAGAGAUUGGUUGUGAAGGAUUCUGCUGUGAAUGCGAUUUGUUAUGGUGCAAAAUUGAUGAUUCCAGGGUUGUUGAGAUUUGAAAAUGAAAUUGAGAAUGGUGAGGAAGUUGUCCUUAUGACUACCAAAGGAGAGGCAAUUGCAUUGGGCAUUGCAGAGAUGACAACUGCUGUAAUGGCAACUUGUGAUCAUGGUGUUGUGGCAAGAAUUAAGAGGGUGGUCAUGGAUCGGGAUACUUACCCAAGGAAAUGGGGCUUGGGACCAAGGGCAGCCAUGAAGAAGAAACUGAUUACUGAGGGAAAAUUAAAUAAACAUGGGAAGCCAAAUGAGAAUACUCCUUCAGAAUGGUUAAGGAAUGUGGUUCUGCCUACAGGAGGGGAUUCUAUGGUUGCAAGUCUUGCAGCUGCUGUGGAACCCACUGUGAAGGCAGAGACUGAUGUGAAGGAAGAGAUUGAUGGGGAGCAACGCAAACGAAAAUUGGAUGAAAGUACUGAUGAUCCUGUUACAGUUCCUGCUAAGAAGAUUAAGAAGGAGAUUGAAGAGGUGUCAGAGUUCGUCGAAACUGAAAAGAAAGAGAAGAAGAAAAAGAAGAAGAAGGAGAAGGAGAAUGGUGAUGCUGCCUUAUCUGAUGAAGAGAAAGCUGUGAAGGUGAAGAUAGAGGAGGAUGAAGAUAAGGAUGAAGCUGGCACAGUUGAUAAGGAGAAGUCUGAGAAGAAGAAAAAGAAGAAGAAGAACAAGGAGGCUGAGGAUGGCACCGCCUUUGGAUCACCUAUGGGCAUUAGUGGGGGUGAUGCUGAGGCUGAUAAGAGUGAGAAGAAAAAGAAGAAGAAGAAAAAGAAUAAAGAUGCAGAAGAAGAGGACUAAAUGAAAAUGAGAUUCUCUUUCUUCACUUCACCAAACUCUUGAAUAUCUGCUGGAGUGCGAGAAGCAAUGGUGGAACACUGCAUUGGAUUAUGGAUUUAAGUAAUACCUUACUGGGUAAUUUUGGCACUUAAGAAAUCAUAGACUAUUGCUGUUUCUGUUGCAUAGUUUCUGGUAAGAUGUGAUCUGGCUCCUGCAAUAUCUAUUUGGACUAUGGUUUGAGAAAUGACUUAAGCCAUCCAAAGGAUCAACAUUUGACAUUGUGGAAUGUUGCCCUGUUAUUAGAUUUUUAGCAAAUUAAAAAGCUUAGUUUGAGAUGUCUUUAACACUUCAGUUGUUCAGCAUGUUUACUUGGGUUUUCAUGUUAUGCCACAUUGUAACUCAAAUUAAAUAACUUGUUCUUUUUUGAGUGAUCCUUGAAUAGCGAUUCUGUGCUGGCUAUUAUUCUAUUGUA